UGCGCGGACCCGGCGCCAUUUUGGUGGCCGGGCGCGGAGGUGAUUCUACACUGAGGGGGAACGCGACGGCAAGGGUGGCAGUGGCAGCGUUCGUGUGCUCGGGUCUGAAUCACUGAGGGAGGAGGCGGUGGAGGAAGAGGUGGCAGCGGUGGCGGUGGUCGUAGCGGUGGCGGAGGAGGCGGGUACGAAUCAGCUGCGGGCAGAGACAUGGCCAACAUCGCGGUGCAGCGAAUCAAGCGGGAGUUCAAGGAGGUGCUGAAGAGCGAGGAGACGAGCAAAAAUCAAAUUAAAGUAGAUCUUGUAGAUGAGAAUUUUACAGAAUUAAGAGGAGAAAUAGCAGGACCUCCAGACACACCGUAUGAAGGUGGAAGAUAUCAACUAGAGAUAAAAAUACCAGAAACAUAUCCAUUUAACCCCCCUAAGGUCCGGUUUAUCACUAAAAUAUGGCACCCUAAUAUUAGUUCCGUCACAGGGGCUAUUUGUUUGGAUAUCCUGAAAGAUCAAUGGGCAGCAGCAAUGACUCUGCGCACAGUAUUAUUGUCAUUGCAAGCACUGUUGGCCGCUGCAGAACCAGAUGACCCCCAAGAUGCAGUAGUAGCAAAUCAGUACAAACAAAAUCCUGAAAUGUUCAAGCAGACAGCUCGACUUUGGGCACACGUGUAUGCUGGAGCACCAGUGUCUAGUCCAGAAUACACCAAAAAAAUAGAAAACCUCUGUGCUAUGGGUUUUGAUAGGAACGCAGUAAUAGUGGCCUUGUCUUCAAAAUCAUGGGAUGUAGAGACUGCAACAGAACUGCUUCUGAGUAACUGAGGCACAGGAGCUGCCAGCCACGCUCGCCCCUUCCUGAGGAGCGUCCACACCUGUCAUUUUUAGGAUUCUGCAUAAAUUUCUUUUAAACUGGCAUUCUUGCCUAAUGAUGUUACCUAGGCACCAUUGGAGACUGCAAAAAAAAAAAAAAAUUACCUGCUCUGUAAAUAAAGCUAAUUAAACGUCUGUGUAAAUUUAAAAAGGGGAAAUACUUUAAUUUUUUUCUUGGUAGUGUAAAAAUCCUUUGAGCUAAGCUAAAACCAUGGGAAAACAUGCUACUUUAGUGUUUAGCAGUGUGACAGACUAGUGAGUUUGCUUCAGGGUUCUGUUGAGUAACUAGGAUAACACUCGAGUGUUGGCCCUACCUUGUGGAGUAGCAUCACAGUCCCUCAAGCCUGAACAUGGAUCCUCUGUGCCUGUGACUUACUUGCAUGCUUGACCUCUUAGAACGGGUAGCUGAAAGACCACCCUUUUAAGCGUUAGGACAUUUUUGAAUUAUGAGAUUUAUCCUGAUUUAAAGAUGGUGACCUAAUCAGAGCUUUUUCGUCCCUGUGGACUGGUAGGGACAGUCUUACUUUUUUCCUUGUCACCAUCCAGAGCGGAGAGUCUCAUGGUCAGUUACUUUUCUGUUUGGUGGGAAACGUGCUGAGGAACAGUGUCCCGUGUUCCACUUUUAGCUCAUAGGUUUGGAAUGUUUUGUCCAAGCUCUUCACUUUGUAAGUAGGAAUGUAACAAAGGGGCUGCCAAUUUCAUUUCUCUUAUAAAAGGAGAAAAUACUUGAUGUUGCAGUAUUUCCAGAUUUAAUAAAAGGACACUGCUUAGUUUUUCA